UUAUGGUUUGUAACUAUUUCUGGAUGUUUUGCGAAGGACUAUAUCUCCACACUUUGCUGGUCGUGGCGUUUGUGUCCGAGAAUAAGAUACUGAAGUGGUUUUAUAUGGUUGGAUGGGGUGUUCCCAUCCCUAUGACCGUUAUAUACGCCCUCCUUAGACGUCAGUCCACUGACCCGAAGGACACCCAUUAGUUGUUGGAUAGAAGAGGGCACUUAUAACUUACUAUUGACGGGUCCGGUGUGUAUGUCACUGUUGCUCAAUUUAUUCUUCUUAAUAAAUAUUGUGAGAGUUUUGGUAACAAAGUUAAGAGCAGUCAAUACAUCGGACACACAUCAGACCAGGUAUUCAUU